CUAGGACUCGAUAAAAAAUAAAAUCACACCUGAGAAUGAGAAAUGGUUUAAGAUGAUUCACUUGUGUACAUACAGUGUGACGUGGAAAUAGUAGUUCUCAGCAGUCUUCCCAGGCAUUUCUGCAGCUCAUACACAGCAAAGCUGACUAAAUGUCGUAAAUUGCUGUCAUAAAUAAGGGUAGACCAGCAACUCUGGACUUUAAUGUGUUGUAGGGGCUGUAAAAGUUUAAUGUUGACUGCCAUACAGCCAUGCCUGUUUUUACACAUCUGCUUGUUGAUAUUUUAACAUGAUCUACAAGCUUUAUAUUUAGACUUUUUUUUUUUUUGUGCAAUGUUGUUCUGUUGUGCACAUAAUUAAGUCGUAACACGCACAUUAUUUCUGCCUUUUUAAUUUUCAGUUAAGGAGUUUCUUGCUAAAGCCAAAGAAGAUUUCCUAAAGAAAUGGGAGAACCCAGCACAGAAUACUGCAUCUCUGGACCAUUUUGAGAGGUUGAAGACUCUAGGCACCGGCUCGUUUGGACGAGUCAUGCUAGUCAAGCACAAAGAAUCAGGCCAGCAUUUUGCCAUGAAGAUCCUCGACAAACAGAAGGUGGUGAAACUGAAACAGAUAGAACACACACUGAAUGAGAAACGCAUCCUGCAGGCCGUCAGCUUCCCCUUCCUUGUGCGAUUGGAGCACUCGUUCAAGGAUAAUACUAACCUGUAUAUGGUAAUGGAGUAUGUUCCUGGAGGUGAGAUGUUCUCUCACUUACGUAGAAUCGGCCGGUUUAGUGAGCCUCAUGCCCGCUUCUACGCCGCCCAGAUAGUUCUGACCUUUGAAUACCUUCACUCACUCGAUCUUAUCUACCGAGAUCUGAAGCCUGAAAACCUGCUCAUAGACCAGCAGGGCUACAUACAGGUAACAGAUUUUGGAUUUGCUAAACGUGUAAAGGGCAGGACCUGGACACUGUGUGGCACACCUGAGUACCUGGCGCCAGAAAUCAUCCUCAGUAAAGGUUAUAAUAAAGCAGUGGACUGGUGGGCUCUGGGAGUGCUGAUCUAUGAAAUGGCUGCCGGUUACCCUCCGUUCUUUGCCGACCAGCCCAUCCAGAUCUACGAGAAGAUUGUUUCUGGGAAGGUUCGCUUCCCCUCACAUUUUAGCUCUGACCUGAAGGACCUGCUGAGGAACCUGCUGCAGGUAGAUCUGACGAAGCGCUUCGGGAACCUCAAGAACGGCGUCAAUGACAUCAAGGGCCACAAAUGGUUUGCAACCACCGACUGGAUCGCAAUCUACCAGAAGAAGGUGGAAGCCCCCUUCAUCCCCAAGUGCAAAGGCCCCGGCGAUACCAGCAACUUCGACGACUACGAGGAGGAAGAAAUCCGGGUCUCUUUCACAGAGAAAUGUGGAAAGGAGUUUGCUGAAUUCUAGAAGUAGCGGCGGAGGAGAGGGAUGGAGAGAAAUUAGAUGUGGGGCAACAGAGAGAAGAAAACGUUUUCCAGGGUGGUGGUGGUGGUGGUGAUGAUGAUGAUGAUGAUGGACUGGGCUGAGCCUUAUGCGGUAACAACAACGUAGAGCCCUCACACGCAGACGGAGGGAGAAGAAGAACCAAGUCCAGAGAGAGACGCCAGCAGUGUUGCCUUUUCAGAUCCUUCGUCACUUGUUACUUGUCCAUUUUCAUGUUUUCCCUCUUGUUUGGUAGCCAGGGUCCAUUGGGCAGAGAUUCGGUCACUUCUCUGUGACUGGCUGGCAUGGGGAUAUUUGUGACUUCUUCUUUUUUUUUUUGUUUUUUUUGAUUUUCCAGAGAUAUAGAAGUUACUUUCUGGUACUGAAUUUUGGCUUCUCCAGAGAAAAUGACCCCCCCUCCCUCUUUUUUUUGUUUUUUUUAAUUAGCAAAGGUGUCCUUGCUCUGUAGUUCUCCACCCCGUCACAUCAUGUUUACUUCCUGUGCACCUAUCGGCACCCAACGCCAAACUCGAACCCGAAUUACCGAAUCAUCACCCAUUUCUCACGUGGAUUUCAAGCAUCACGCCACCGUCCUUCAAAUGCAUCAUCUCGUAUUAAUUGGCUACGGUGCUCUAAGAUCAGACAGAAUCGGCCGCUUAGUAUAAAGAUUGUCAAUUAGGAUGAUCGUUAGCCAUUCUCCAUAUUAUUUAAUGCAUUUUAAACGAGUAUGUUUGUGCUCAAGCCCAUAGAAUGUGCUUUGUGGCUGAAAGCGGCCACCGAAGAGACCGCGGCGCUAUUUUAAACGACACAACUGUAGCAUGCAAGCGCACUUGAAGCUCCGAAACCGUUAUUUUACACGUUUUCUCUGCUGGCUGUGAUCCUGAGGUAAAUUUCCAGAGAUAAACUAACAAAACGCGGAACUGAAGGAAUACAAUGAAUUUGCGGCGAGCACAAAGGCUUGCGUUACAGAUGUUUGUUUUUUUUUUAAAAAAAGAUGCUUUUAAAGGAAAUCGUUUAAGGCUGUUUCUGUGAUUACACUGGGUUUUUGGUGGAUGUUUUUUUUUUUACUAUUAUUAUUAUUAUUAUUAUUAUUACUCUUAUUCUUUUCUGCUGUGUCGCCUGCUAGUGACCAAACCCUUUGUUUAACUGAGCAGCUCAUCCUUGCCAACGAUAAGAAUAACCUCCGCAUGAAAAAUUAGGCCGAUUUCCAAUGCGUUUUAGCUCUCUAAGGCUUCGCUGGUUAAUCUCCAUUUAUGCUUCAAAUAUGUUGCUCAUGCUGACUCUUUUGUGUUUUAUCAAGACACCGAUCGAAAUAUCGUCCCAACGAACCGAUCGAAAUCUGUCCGCUCUCUUGCUCUGUAAGCUGUUGGACGCAAGACAAUCUAAAACGCGAACGUCCCCGUGAUGAUUACUUUUUUCUUCGUUGUUGAUGUCGUUUAGUUUCCAGAAGUGUGCAGUAAUGCGUAGCGUUGCAGAGAUUUUAUUCGUUACGCUCGAAAAGCUUUGCGUCAGUGAACAUUUGAUUCGGAAAUUGUGAAUUCUGCACCAAUAGCGGUGCCUAACUUGACCCGCUGUUGCCGUCGGCGCAGAGUUUAUACGCUUUACCUUUAACCGAGAUGCCCAUCGCUUACAGCUCAGGCCUUCAGGCUGUUCGUUAGGGGCCGAAGUCAAAGUCAGUUUUUGGUUUGUUUGUUAUAAGUAAUGUAAAUUAAUUUUGCUGAAUGUGUGCGAAACUACAGAUCGGUGCCAGGUUAAAUUUGGCAUCUCACACGACUCGUUUUAAUAACCGAAAAAAGGAACCCAUUUGGACACCGAACGGCUUCGAUGCCAUUCAAUUGCAGUACGAGAUAAAAAAAAAAUUACUGUUCUCUUCCCUCUCAGGAAAUGUUAUGUCGGUGUAUUCUGCCAGAAAACACAGCCAAAACACACCAGAUCGGGUCGUUUCUUUUGAUCAUCCGGGUGCUCGGAUUAAGAAACCCAAACUAGCAAAGGGCAGGAUUUAUUUCACAAAACUUUAUGGUAGGUUUGGAUUUUCUCUCCCUCGUUCUUCUCCCUGCAUGACCAGCUUUUGCUGGGACAUUUUCUUGCCCCACUUCUGGAGACUUUGUCAUAAAAUGGAUGUGCAAACGGGAGAAACAGCUCCAUCUCUUGGUUUGAAUAGCUGGAGAACAAAACAAUCAGUGUUUUAAAGAAGGCGUCUGUACGUUUAGAUUACCCAGCAGGCUCUUCUGCGCUGGUCUUGUGACACUAGAAGCAACGUAAGACUUUUCUCUCAAUCAACUGGUGUACCGAGUUAUAAUGUACAGGUUGGCUUCACAAGAUUUGUUUUUUUUUUUCCUUUCUCAUCUUCAUCUGUUGAAAGCAGCAGCGUUGACUUUUUUGGGGAAAUUAAGGCUCAGACGCACCUUUCAUUACAUCUUUAUUUUUUAUUUUUUUGUCAGAGCAUGGAAAAAUGUGACAUUUUUGGCCGUGUUCAUAUGUCGUCCCUCUUUCUCUGGGUCCCGUCCCUUCCUUUCAGAUACAUGGGUGUCACUCAUCCUUCAGUCUGUUCGUUCACAUCGUCAGUCAUCUUUUUGUGUGUGUGUGUGCGUGCGUGUGUGUGUGUGCGUGCGCGCAUCGGUCCAUUAUACAGUUUGCCUUUGUACACAUCCAGUUUCCUACACUCUUCUAUUUGCUUUUUAAAAAAAGAAAUCAUGAAGAAAACAUUUGAUUUACUUUUUGCAUAUUUUCUAAGUGUAUUUUCAAUAACAGGAGUCUCUUUCCUCCCGACAUGGGUAUGGUGAUGGUGUAGUCUAUUGUACCUUCUCGGGAAACAAUACUGUAUAUUCUCUGCCUUUAACAGUAAUUAUUUUACCUUCUGGAGAAGUUGACGGAUACCCGUAGGACACAUCGAGUAUGUUUAAAAAAAUUAAAAAUAAAAAAAAAACACACAGAAUAAUAUUUUGCAACAUGUAUCAUUCCAAUAAAGUUUUAAUUGUUAAAAUUA